UUCAUUCAAACUGUACGCUAAAAUAUGACUUAACAAGGAGGAAAUUAUACAUAAACACAGAAAGGAAAGACCUACGGACAAAGUUACAAGAUUGUUUCUAGUGUAUAAAGCUCUCUGGUGAUUAGAGGCGAAUUUUUCCCAUACCAUUAUUGACACUUCCGGUAUGUCAACCCCAUUCCUCAACAAAUCAAUAAACAUUGUAUCUGUAUUAUUUCUGUUGAUUAUUUAAACUGUGUUAGUAAUACCCAAUCACGCCCUGAACUUGUUUAUUAACCAGAAGAAAAUAGAUAUAUUCUAUAAGAAGUAGAUACGCGUUCGGCUCAAUCUAUCAAUGUCCUCAUCAAUUUCAACUUCCACUACUUUAGUACAUCUCAUUAUUUCAUCUUAUAACUACAUUGUUAUAUACUAUCGAAGACAUGGGAAGAAGCAGUGUUGGUCAAUUUCAGGAGAUUGAACCUCAAGGAAAUGAGAAAAAAAUAAAGUGGCUAGACGUUGUGCUGCAGAAGACCCUCCCAAACUAUGUAAGCAUGGAGAAAUGGAUAUAAAAUGUUAAGACAUCAUCACACAGAUAAGUUAAGAAACAAAAAUUAUGGAUGGAAAAGCAGAGCCUGAGACUAUUGAAUCCUGUACUCAGACACCAGAAGAUACAGAAGAGGAUUCAUUCACUUGCAAUAUAUGUGGGAAGUUAUUCACAUCAAGAAAAAAUUUAAUACAACAUAAAUUAAUCCACUCAGACUCUAAAUCAUACCAAUGUGAUGUUUGUGGUAAAAAAUUUACUAGGAGUAGUUUAACUCGCCACAAACGUAUUCACACUAGGAAAAAACUAAAUCACUGUGAUAUCUGUGGUGAAAACUUUUUCACAAAUGCUAGUUUAUCUUCACACAAGCGUAUUCACACAGGAGAGAAACCAUACCACUGUGAAAUCUGCGACAAAUAUUUCUCUCGGAAAGGUAAUUUAUCUACACACAAACUUAUUCAUGCAAAGGAGAAACCAUACCAUUGUAAUGUCUGUAGUAAAUCAUUCUUCAAUAGUCGUAGCUUAAUUGCCCACAAACGUGUUCACUCAGGAGAGAAACCAUACCACUGUGACAGCUGUGAUAAAAAAUUUCCAACAAGAGGUCAUUUGUCUUACCAUAUACGUAGUCACACAGGAGAAAGACCCUACCGCUGUGAUAUCUGUGGUAAAACAUUUCCUGUAAGUGGUUCUUUGUCUUACCACAAAUAUAUUCACACAGGAGAAAGACCAUACCAUUGUGAUGUCUGUGGUGAAAAAUUCACCAGAAAAAGUUCAUUAAAUCGCCACAAACACAUUCACACAGGAGUAAGACCAUAUAAAUGUGAAACCUGUGGUAAAGCAUUUUCUAGAAAUUCUGAUUUAUCUUGCCACAAACUUGUUCACACAGGAGAGAAACCAUACCACUGUGAUAUCUGUGGCAAAAAUUUUUCCCAAAAGAGUAAUUUAACUUCCCACAAACGUAUCCACACAGAAGAAGAACCAUAUCAGUGUGAGAAAUGUGAUGAAACAUUUUCUAGUAGUGAUGGUUUAUCUUCCCACAAACAUGUCCACAAGAAAGAAAGACCACACCAAUGUGAUAUCUGUGGUGAAAGAUUUUCUCGGUGUACUGAAUUGUCUUCCCACAAACAUAUCCAUUCAGGAGAAAGACCGUACCGCUGUGAUAUUUGCAGUAAAACAUUUUCUAAAAGGUGUCAUUUGUCUUCCCACAUACGUGUUCACACAGAAGAAAAACUAUACUGGGUAACAAUGUACCAAUUAGAACGUUCCAAUAAUGAACCCACUGGUUUUCGGUGUUGCAUGAGGAGAAAAAUUAUGGAAAAUGAAUCAUAUGAAAACAAAUCUAAAUUUAAUCCACUGUCUAACAGUAUUGAUUUUCCUGAUUUGAUGUUGAAAAAGAUAAGGAAACCAUCAUACCAUUGCGAUAUCUGUAAAAAGUCAUUCUCUAAAAAAGGUAAUCUAACUACUCACAAGCGUAUUCAUACAGGGGAAAAACCAUAUAAUUGUGAUAUCUGUGGUAAAUCAUUCUCUGAAGGCAGUAACUUAACAAAACACAAACGCAUUCAUACAGGAGAGAAACCAUAUCAUUGUGAUAUCUGUGGUAAAUCUUUCUUUCAAAGAGGCCAUUUAAGUACUCACACACUCAUUCAUACAGGAGAGAAGCCAUACCCCUGUGAUAUCUGUGGUAAGUCAUUCUCUGGAAAAGGAGAUUUAACUAAACACAAGCGCAUCCAUACAGGGGAAAAGCCAUAUCACUGUGAUAUCUGUGGCAAAUCCUUUACUGCAAGAAGUAACUUAAAUACGCACAAACAUAUUCAUACUGGAGAAAAACCAUAUCACUGUGAUAUCUGUGAUAUAUCUUUCUCUCGUGGAAGUACUUUAACUGUACACAAUAGACAUAUUCAUACAAGAGAGCAGCCAUAUUGCUGUGAUAUCUGUGGUAAAUCAUUCUCUGAAACAAGUCACUUAACUAGACAUAUACGUAUUCAUACAGGAGAGAAACCAUAUGACUGUGAUAUUUGUGGUAAAUCAUUCUCUGCAAGGAGUAACUUAACUACUCACAGACAUAUUCAUACAGGAGAGAAACCAUAUCACUGUGAUAUCUGUGGUAUAUCUUUUUCUCAGACAAGUCAUUUAAAUACUCACAAACAUACUCACACUGGAGAGAAACCAUAUCAAUGUGAUAUUUGUGAUAAGUCAUUCUCUCAGACAAGUCAUUUAACUAUUCACAAACGUAUUCAUACAGGAGAGAAGCCAUACCAGUGUAAUAUCUGUGGUAAAUCAUUCUCUCAAAAUAGUGAUGUAACUAAACACAAACGCAUUCAUACAGGAGAAACUCUAUAUCAUUGUGACAUCUGUGGUAUACCAUUCUCUCACACUGCUGAGUUAACCAAACACAAACGCAUUCACUGUGAAGAAAGACCAUAUUAUAGUAAUAUCUGUGGUAAAUUAUUCUCUGUAAGUAGUAAGCUGACUAAACACAGUCACAAUCACACAGGAGAGAAGCCAUAUCACUGUGAUAUUUGUGGUAGAUCAUUCUCUCUAACAAGCCACUUAACUGCUCACAAGCGUAUCCAUACAGGGGAAAAACCAUUUCAGUGUGAUAUCUGUGGUCGGUCAUUUUCUCAGACUGGUAACUUAACUAGACACAAGUAUACACAUACAACUGAAAAUACAUAUGACUGAUGUCUAUAGUCAAUCAUUUCUUCUAAAAUGCUGUGUAUUCAUUUCCAAGAGUAACUGGAUGAAUGUCAAAGUUUAAAAAAGGACAUCUAUAAAACUUUUACACAAAAUUCUCAGAAAGACCUAACUGUGAUAGCAACAUCCCAGCACUAUUUAUAACCACAAUAUCUACAUUAUGACAUAAGAAAAGACAUUACUGACUUUGUAUUAUAGAUAAUUGAGCAUUCCCCAAAAUCUGUGGUAAUAUUGUACAAUUUAUGUUACAAAUAGAAACAUAAACCAUAAAGGAUAAUAUUUCAUUGCAUUG